AUGUCGAGGCAUCUUUUGGGCCAGGCCACCUACAUCCGCUUCCAUAUUGGAUACCCCGGCGGCGCUAUUCUCCCCGUUUUCGAUGCCAUCUACAACUCGAAACACUUCGACUUCAUCUUGCCCAAGCAUGAGCAGGGUGCCGGUCACAUGGCCGAGGGAUACGCUAGGGCUAGUGGAAAGCCUGGUGUUGUGCUCGUUACCUCCGGCCCUGGUGCUACCAACGUCAUCACCCCCAUGCAGGAUGCCUACUCUGACGGCACCCCAUGGUUGUCUUCUGCGGACAGUGACGCUUUCCAGGAGGCUGAUGUCAUCGGUAUCUCCCGUGCUUGUACCAAGUGGAACGUCAUGGUCAAGUCCGCGUUCGAGAUUGCCACCUCGGGCCGCCCCGGCCCCGUCCUCGUUGAUCUUCCCAAGGAUGUCACCGCCGGUGUUCUCAGGAGGGCUAUCCCCACCGAGUCGUCCAUCCCCUCCCUCAGCGCCGCCUCCAAGGCCGCCCUGGAACUGAGCCGCCAGCAGCUCACCUCCUCGAUCCAGCGCGUGGCCGAUCUCGUCAACCAGGCCAAGCAGCCCGUCAUCUAUGCCGGACAGGGUAUGAUCCUCUCUGAGGGUGGACCCGAGAUCCUCCGCGAACUCGCGGAGAAAGCUUACCUCCCCGUCACUACCACCCUUCAGGGCCUCGGCGCCUUUGACGAGCUUGACCCCAAGUCUCUGCACAUGCUUGGCAUGCACGGCUCUGCCUACGCCAACAUGGCGAUGCAGGAGGCCGAUCUCAUCAUUGCCCUCGGUGCCCGUUUCGAUGACCGUUUCGCUCCCGGUGCCCGCGCCGCCGCUGCCGAGGGCCGCGGUGGUAUCGUCCACUUCGAGAUCAUGCCCAAGAACAUCAACAAGGUUGUGCAGGCAACCGAGGCCGUUGAGGAGAUGUUACCGCCAACCUUCGCCAGCUCCUUCCGCUCCUAG